CUCACCUUCUUGUUACUACUCUGUAUACGACUCCCAGACGUUACGUCUACCCCCGCGACACACCCCUGCAAAUAAGUCGCCCGGCAGUCACCAAGGAGAGUCACCUUUUUUCGUCGUCAUCGAAGGGAAUCUGCCUCCACCUCGGCUUUCACUUCACCCUUCUUAUCCUCGCCGGUCCGAUUGACGCCUUCAUCUCCCAUCUCUUGUCCAUUUCGACCACUUCCUCGACAUCCCCAACCACACCUCUUCUCGACCAAGACGACAACGUCCCCAAGCGAGAGGAAGAGCUUAGAUAAGAAGACUAGGAGGUUUAGUCUUUCCAACUCCUGCAUUGUACCAGACGCGUCAGAACGCUGCUGGGAAAAUGGGCGGCUUAUAUGGUUCCUGCGCGGCAUAACAGGCCCCAUACGUCUUGACGCCACGACAUCUAUACACCACUCACUCCUUGUUUGUGUAAAUCCCGCCGCUCUAGUCUAGACUGGGCGCGAGCAUCAAUCAUCGGUCAUCCGAGAGAACUUGCAUCAAACUCGAUAUCCCUGAACGCUUCUCCCUCUCUAGUGAUCUGCGCCCUCAUCCCAUCGUCACCAGCCGCCCCCAGCGCCCACCUACCCCCUGCCUCACCUCAUCCAGCCCGUCUUUUUAUUCUCUCCAUCUCGAUUGUACCCCGUCUUCCGCAGAUCUACGUCCGCUUUGAUCACUUUCUAUCCAUUUGCACUACGGAACCGGUUCCAGGGAAAAGAACGCGGCGAAGCCGUCAUAGAACAAAGGCGAACAAGAGAUACAUACAUCCAUCUUUCAGCCAUAUCCCCUCCUAUUGGACCCUCCUGUCACCGACGCUCGAUCACUUUCUCAGCCGUCAAGGAACACCCCUAUAACGUGAGUUCGGCACUUAUCUGUACUAUCUCGGUCUCCUAGUCUUGCGCCACCAUAUUUCAUCUCGUUCCUUCCAAAUGUCUUCUAUAGAUAGCGCUUCUACUUGAUCUAGAAUCGUGCUCCUUAUUCUCUUGUUUCCCUUUCCUGUCUCUGUCUGGGGGUGACUGCCGGCUACCGGGGUGUGUAAUCGAGAUGAUGCGGGGGUGGCUGAGCCAACGUCUGCUCUAGACCGGGAGAGCCGCGAGCGCGACGAAAGUGGUGAUGAGGUGUUGUCCUUGGCCCUGUGUCGGGGGUGUAGCCUAUACGUAUCCGCAAAGGGGUGGGGCGACGGCCUGCCAGGGUAUUCACUGGAAUCAUGGCCUGGCUGGUUUUGCAAAAAAGCUGAAAGGGACGGAAAAGCCUGAAGCUUAUGAGGCUUUUUUACGGUGGUGACCCUGAUUCCGGGCUCGGCAAUGGCGUUGCCCCCGUCACCUUCGCUUGUUAAGGGGCUGGAUAUUUGCGCAGGGCAAAGAAGGGCAAGGGACGGAUUUUAUCGCAACUUUAUUUCCCACCGAGGGCGUCUGCGCGUUCCUCCUUGCUUGUCAUCCCCUUCUUAUAUCACCCUCCUGCCUUCCCGACUUCUAUGUCUUGCCCCCUGUACAUACACGCCUUGCCCCCCGCGCCCUAUAGCCUCCUCUUCUCCCCCCAAUUCGCCCAACUGACCAGCCCGCCCGCGAAUAGUCCCCGCAUCUAGCCCCCUUUUGCCUUUUUGUGUUUACAAACCUCCACCCUCCACCACCUCUCGCCUUCCCACCCACCAUGCCCUCGCCACCAAUGUCCUCCCCCCCGAGCCCGCCAUGCAACCUCGACCCGCCCUUCCGAGGCUACAUCGAAUCCACCUUCGACGCCCUGCUCGUAUUCGAAGCCGCCCGCCGCGGGAUGAUUCCCCGCGUGACCAGGCGCUUGAUAGAGCGCGAGCGGGGGAUGGUGCAGAGCGGAGCGGUCUUUGUAUUUGACGAGCAUGAGAGUGGGAUCAAACGGUGGACGGAUGGGCUUGUCUGGAGCCCGAGUAGGAUCUUGGGCAACUUUUUGGUGUAUAGAGAAACGGACAAAAGAUUGUCCUCCAAAGCAUCCAACUCGCCCACCCAGACUUCGCCUCCGUCCAACUCCAACACCCUCGUCCGGCCUACAUCGUCAUCUGCCACCCCGCACAAAUUUGAAGCCCAGGCUGUCCUCCCGCACAUCAACACUUCCAUCGCCGAAGCCAACGGGGAACCAUCGCCCCUCGGCCAAGGUGCCCUCGCCCGCCCGAGAAGCUCGAGUGAAGGUGGUGGGAAUAUGGAUAGGCAGAAGGAGAGGCAGCUCGUCGGGAGCUUGACGAAUAGCUACAAGUUCAAAGAGGGUGGUCUGGUCAAGAAGACCAUGUCGGUAUCUGUCAAUGGGUUCGCCCAGCAUGUGGUGUCCUACUAUGCGAUCGACGAUGUCAUCAACGGCAAGCUCAGAACACCGUCGUCUAUUCCAGAGCUGGCGUCGCUCGAGAUCAGUGCCGAGUACUUGCAGAAGCAAAAUUUCAGGUUCCCGCCGCAGGUCGAAGUCGGGCAGGACGGUAUCCCUCGCUACAGAGGCGAACCCGAGGAACCUACUUCGCCCCAUACCCCCGCCACCAAUUACUCUUUCCCGGCUUACCAACAACAACCUCCUGCCGCCGGUGCGGACUACUACGACCCCGUCAACGCCUAUCUCCCCCAGCAUCAACAGCUCCACCGCAUGUCCUCUCCCCGCUCCCGCCCUAUCAACGUACCCAUGCUCGUACCCCUUCCCUCCCCCGCGCACUCGGUGCAGGGCUCGUCCUACAUGGGCCCCUCUUCUGCCGGUUCGGGCACGUUCUACAGUGAGAGUCCGGUCAAUGGGAUGGGCUACGCCCCGCCUCUUGUCAGGCAGAACAGUGGGAGCAGCGUGACAAGUACGGGGAGUGCGAUCAGGCCUGGGAGCGGGGCGAGUCGACGGUAUACGCCGUAUGGGCCUGGGAACAGGAAUUCCAGUGGGUCUUCGGUGGGGUACCAAGUGCACGCGCGCCGCACGUCUGACGGCAGCCAAAACUCGCCGUACUCUCCCGACGCCUCAUACGAUAUCAAACCCACCCCUAGCCCAUACUAUCACACGCCCAACACUGCACCGAGCACCUUUUCGUCCUUCUACCCCCCACCAGAGGGACAUCAUAUGGAACAGAUGGCGUCGCCCACGUAUUCGGGUUAUGCGCCUUGGCAGAUCCACGCUAGCCAGCAAGGAGGGCAGGGACAGACGUCGAGACUGAUACCGACAAGGCAAGAGUACGCUGCGCCCCCGCCUCUGGGGCCGCCUCCUCCCGGACACGGGCAUCACCUCAACCCACCUUCUUCAUCCGGUUCAGGCGGUUCGGGCUCGUCCGAUGCGCCCCCCGCCCUUCCGCCUCUGCACCACCACCCGCACCAUGCGCCGCCUCAUCAUCAUCCGCACGGCAGCAGCGGGGGAGGGCAAGAGUUGCAGAGGGAGUGGUCUCAUCAGAGUCAGGGGAAUGUGCCGCAUGCGCCUGGGUGGGAAGGGAUGGGUGUUGGGGCUGGGACGCCUAGUCCAGAGUAUGGGGUGCCGAUACAUCAGCAGCAUGAGGAGUGGAGGCAGGGCGCCGGGACCAUGGCGUAGGUGUAGGGCUGUACGUGUCGAGGUUUUUUUGGUGUUUGCUCUUGUUGUAUCAACUGUGUGGCCGUCUAUUUCUCUGCUGUCUUUCUACCCCUCUGUGCAUAACACUUCAUCGAUUCCUUCUUUUAUCUUUUGGGUUUUCAACAAACAAAAUGUGGUAUAACAGCAGCUCGGGCAUUGUUCCAUCGCUCUUUCCUGUUCUUUUCCUCGUGAUAGCUAUCGAAAGUGUCUCUCGUCCGUAUUCCCCUUUCUCUCAACUAUCUUCUCUCUCCUUUUAUAUCUCGUUUUGAGAAUCCUGUGUAGCCUAGCCAUAUCACUUUCCCCCUCUUUUUCUCUUAUCAUAUCGUCGUCGGGGUCAUUCAUCUCUAUCUUUCCAUAUUGCAGAAGGGAAUUCUGCGUAUGCAACUUGUCAUUCUG